AUGUUGUGCGAAACUUGUGGACAGACAUUCAGCACCAGCAGUAAUCUUCACCUGCAUACCAGAGAGAAACAUAGUGAUCAUGUAAAUAGUUUACAGUGUAGUUAUUGCCAGAGACCCUUUUUGCGAAGAUUUAAUUUGAAAAGACACUUGACUUCAGUUCACAAACUAAACAGUGAACAAUUAGAAGCAGCCAUGCCCUCAAAGCGGAGACGAGUCGAGCGUGAUGACUUCUUUGAAUCCAGGAAACCUGUCUACGUUCACAGCAACUUGUACGAAGACAUUUCGUCCGAUGAGAACGAGGAGACUUACUGUGACGCGCAAGAGACUGAUGUGACCAAUGUGGAUUAUCUCGAUGAUAUUUCUUUUGCAUCAGAAUUGCCGGAGAUCGACGAAUCUCUGGUAGAAGACAUUCUCCAUAAUUGUGCAGAUUUUACUAGUGACCGGAUAGUCGAGAUGCUGGAAGACGAGUCGGCGGACACCCGAGAGGUUAUCUGUAUAUACCCCGUUAAAAAAGAUUGCUCCUUAUGA